AGGUGAAGCCUGAGACAACGUAAUUUUUGCUACAGUUUGGUUUUUUUUGUAUUCUUGUGUGUUUCGUGUUUAUUUAAUAACAACAAGCUCCAACAUAAAAUUCCCAACAUCGCAAGGCGCGCAGCUUCCAUUCUGUGCUAUAAUUGGCGUCUAUUUGGUGAACUAGAUACGUAUUAUAAACAAAUAAUUUUCGGCAAUCACUUUAAUAACAUCGAAAAACAAAUCUGUGUGAUUAUAAGUUAAGGCAUAUUAGAGAACAGUGUACAUACUGGCUACAAUAAAUAAAUAUGCGAAUCAUUUCGCCGAGUAUACGAGGCAUCGAGUCCUAUGGAGCUUAAUCUGACAAGUAUUUCAGGAACUACUAAUAAUAAUCACUAAAAACGUGAAUAUUAAAUAUUAUUACUUGUGUUGGCUGUUGCGACCUUUACAGAAGAUCAGUAUUAAACGAAAGCGUAAUGUUUUUUAAACUUGCCAAUAGCCAAUAGAGUAGAUAUUUUAGCUGUAACUUCAAUGUCGUUGUUUGCGUUUUCAAUGAUUUCAUCUUGCUCAAAUCAUUGAUGAAAUGAAUUAAUUGUAGGCCUCUAACCACUAAUGCGUUUCCUGCAAUAAUUACAAAUUGCAUGCUUUUGCGCAAUAUGGCAUCAGAAGUCAAGAACAAGUAAGCAGCUGUGGUCGCAGUUGCAGUCAUAAAUCUUUAUUACACUUAUGCCGAUUGAAAAUGGAGAAUUGUAAAAACAACAAUCGAUCAACGACAACGCUGCAGCAGCAAAACCAACAUCAGCAUGCAGCUUCAACUUCCGCUGGGACUAUCGGCAGUAACAGCAACUGCCCGACUCCGAUCAACACAGAACAGCCGCGAAGCGCAUAUUUUGAGUACGCCCCACCUACACCAGAUCCAGGGACUGACUAUGACGACAUCAGUAGCAGCAAAAGCACGCCUUAUUAUACACCACUGGAAUUUAUCCAGGGCACUUUUGAUUUUCCAUCACCCACCAAACUGGAGCACAUGGAGGAUAUAGUCGAGCUGUCUAGCCAAUCUCCACAAACGCUUGAACAAGCGGAAUUGGCUCUGCAACGUAAAACUCCUACGCCAACACAAACGGCUACGUCGCGUUCAUUGGUAGGAGCUAGACAACAAUUGUCCAGUAGUACUUCGCCUAUAGUGUCCAGAAAAUUGCGACGGUUUUCUCUCAAUGAACGGCGUUCUUGUUCACCUCAGCAAUUGUUGAUAAAAAAUGUUGUGUCCGCAUCGAUGGACAGCAGUUCAGAAUGUGUGUCGGCAUUAGCAGAUAAGGAAAAUGCGAAACCAUUUCUUAGAUCAGGGGUCUCGGACAGGAGAGACACUCAUUUGCUCUCGAAUAGCGGCAAUAGCUCUCCGAUCGCGCUAACGGACGCUGAUUCAGCUUCACCAAAGAUUAUCGACUUAAAUAUGGCCGGAGGCAGUAGCAGUGGUACUCGUCUACCCUGUUCACCAAAAUUAUUGGCUUCGCUAAAUAAUCUGAAUUUGACUGGUUCACCACUUGGCGUUAUUAGCUCAGCGGGAUAUAAAAAUGGCAAUUACUUUAAAUUUCCAGAGAUCGACCAAGUGGUGCGUGAACAAUCUGGUUUAGAUCCGCAAUCUGACGAUACAGGUGACAAUCAACAAACUCGAAGCAGACAACGCAGCAAAGAAGCUAGCAAAGAUCGGCAGAAAUCAGUUGCUUAUGGUAGUAGUAAUUUAAACACCAAUUCCAACAGUAAUAGUCAAGAUAAGGUGAACAUGGAUGACUGCAUAACCGCAGUGGCAGCAAAACCAAAUGCAAUAGCGUUCACCGCAGUGGACAGUAAGAAAAAUCGUAAAAACAAAAAUAACUUGACUAUAAAAAUUACAGAUGUUCCCUGUACAAUGAAAGGACCAAGCGGGGUCGCGUCCGCCUCACCUUCACCCACGCCAAAACCGAAAACACCAACCAUCAAAAACACCAAAGAGAAAGCGCUGUCACUUGACUCGGCCGCACGAGAAUCUGAACUUACCAUAAUUGUCUCGUCCGGGGGGCGAAAUGAUUCGCAUGGGAGUUGUGACGAGAUUGACGCUCAGACGCUUCGUCGUAGCUGUCUUUCCCUUCAACAGUUUAUGCCACGUAGCGUGAGUGGCGCACGUUUCGAGCGGGUUGGUGGUGAUCGGAGCUUACGACUUCCAUCGACGGCCACCAGUAACCGAUCAACUUCACUGUCCCAAUUAGCACUGCUCGGCGAUGGCGUAGUCGCUACACAUUCACAUCUGCAAACCCAAUCCCUAUAUCCUAGCAGCACUACACCGCUGAGUGGUAGUAGUUUUCCUCGCACACCACGUCGACGGCUAACAGGUGGCAGUAGUGGGAGCAGCAAUGCGUCUACCGAGUGGUUGGCGGCUUAUCACCGCAACCGAAACUCUGCAGAUGCUUAUGGCAGUCCUGCCACUGGUGAGGGAGAUUUACUCAAUCAUCCACAAGUCGAUAUUGAAACUGUGGUAGUGCUCCAGGAGGAAGCCGGUGAUGAAAAUCCUACAGAUAAUAACAAAACGCUACUUUGCGCACCUUAUGCGCCUGGAGUAACGACACUAGCUCUUACACCACAUCGCGGCAUGUACAAGCAUAACGCUAUUUUGCAUGCGUCAAAUACGAAUUUAAAAACGCUGCCUGAAUUCCUAACACUAGUUGAGUUCUCCACUACAACAGGUACACCUGGAGCGCAUCAACCACACAAACAGAAGUCAAUGGAACUUCCUAGUGUCGCGAUGCGCCCCAAAGCGGGCGCAUCAGCUUCAUCCACCAAUUUGCUCCAGCGGCGCGGCUCUAAUCACAGUCUUACGCUGAAUCUGCACGGUUCUUGCAGCAAUCUUCUUGGUAAUUGUCGCAGUGGCUUAAGCGUCUCCAACUACAGUCUUGGCUCCGCAGUGAACAACUCCACAACAAACCUUAACUCGAAAUCAAGCUGUAAUCUAGACUUGAGCGGCGCACCCAUAACCAAUCAGCCACAUCCCCGAGCUACUUCGACACAAGGCACUAAACAAAGCCUCUUUCGUCGGCGCGGCUCCAAUCAGAGUCUAACGCUCACAAACUUAACAGCAGCUUCAUGCGGCAAUCUGAACUCUUAUGCUAGUCAGCAUUCGUUAAACAAAGUUACGCGUACCACUUCGUUCAUAACAUCAACACAAAAUACGACGAGUAAUGCUACACCAAAGAGGGGACUAUUAGAGCGACGCGGUUCCAAUCAGAGCUUGACACUGAAUAUGGGCAGUUCAUUUGGCGGCAUUGGCACCGAACGACACGUGCACACUAGCAGCAGUCUGUACUUAGGUGACGCUUGCGCCCAGGAAGCCAACGUGAAUGCACUGCACUCCAAACCAUCAUGUGCACCGCCUACACCGCAUCGGCGUUUUUUCAGUAGCGAAAGCCUAAAUCGUGGUUCCACGCCCUUCGCGGAUUUAAAUCAAGCGCAUCGGCGAAACGCUAAACAAGUUUGUUUCGGCUCCGUAUCCGAUCUGAAGCCUAGCGCCAGCAUGUCGGUGGAUUGUGACAGUGGCAAUGGCACCGGUACUAGUAACCAGUCUUUACAGGGCGAAAUGCGUCGGGACAGCUUUAAUUUUCAGGAUAGCACAGUGUGCUCGUGUACUGGUGUAAGAAACAUUAUGACGCGCCCGUUAUCACCGCAAAGCACAAGUGAAGAGUUCAAGAUCUACUUGGCCAAUAUACAGAUGUUGCAAAACGCUUCCAAUGCCCUUAAUCAGCUCGAUCUAAUCAAACUUAACUACAUUUUCGACAACAGCUAUGCAUCUAACAACAAAGGCUUGGCAGAACAAGCGGUGCCCAUGCUAAGCGUGCGAACUAAUAAAGAGGCUGAGACGCCACCAGGAAUGCGCGUUACUACCUCCGAAGACUGUGAAGUAGACGAACGCUAUUUGUCCACUGUGCAGCCAGUAUUGGAAACGAUACAACCCGACGACGACGAGCAAAAGCGAAUCUUUUGCGACUUGCAUAAAGAGUUUUGGGAUCUUCCGUUAAAUCAUCAAGAGAAACCAAUGGUCUUCGGUUCGCAGGCAAAGAAUCGUUACAAAACAAUUUUGCCAAACGAAAAUUCACGGGUGCUAUUGGAAAAGGAGGGGAAACAAUUAGCAGAAUUAGCCGAAGAUAUUCGCGAAGAGCACACACAGUUGGCCGAGCACAUAUCACGGCAGCUCAACGUAUCAGACGAAGUACCCUAUAUUAAUGCAAAUUACAUAAAGGGUCCAGAUUACACAUCUAAAUGUUACGUCGCUACUCAGGGACCCUUGCCGAACACGAUCUUCGAAUUCUGGCUAAUGGUGUACCAGAAUACACGCCGAUAUUUCCAAACCACCAGUAAUAAGGCGGGGACGGUUCCAUAUUAUCAAAAAGUCAUAAUGCUCACGAAUUUCGCCGAAAACAAUCGACAAAAAUGUGCCGUCUAUUUUCCCGUCGAACUAAACGAAAUACUUAUAACGACAAGCUGGCAUGAGCUCGUUGUACCCACUGCAGAAGCAGUGGACUUCUUCAACGCCUAUUUGCUGCAAAACGAAACAACUCCACCACCGCUACAUUUGCCCGAUGACGGGACUGAACCUGAAUUGCACGUUGGGAUCGAGUGUUACCUUGCAAAAGUGAAUGAAGAACUGCAGUUAUUUCUGCCAUUGCUGCAAGGCAACUACUUUGUUAUCAAAAAUAUUGGAAUCGUACGCAAGAACGGUUUUUCAAUACGUAAACUGGUCAUAUUGUAUUGCAUCAAUAUAGGGGCGAGUGCGGAGGAAUGUGGUGAUGGUGUAAGUCGAAGUACUCAAUUGCUAAUCAAUCGGUUAUAUUGCUACCAUUACUGGUAUCCCGACUGGCCUGACCACCGUUCGCCGCGCGACAUCAAUACACUACUCGACAUCUGUCUACAUAUACUGAAUCUUGGAAAAUGCGAAUCAGAAUUCGAAGCAUUCGACAUGGCUGAUGAUGACAUUAUUUCAGUUUUACAGCCACAUCACGCUUCUCAUGUGUCCGCUCAAGCGAUAGACUUAUAUCAACAGGACAUAUUCAAUGCAGUGCAGCCAUUGCCGGUCAUACAUUGUUCCGCAGGAAUCGGACGCACUGGAUGUCUAACAGCCAUACUGAACGCUGUGCGCCAGUUAAGGCAAUCAUUCGCCUAUUCGCUAACUACAAUGGCCGCGGAGGCUCGCAAAGAGCGGGAAAGCAGCGCUGGCGCUGGAGGUGAAUUAGCGGCACAAGCAUUGCUGAGUCCAGUUGACUUUGAGUUACCCGAUCAGUUUGUGGCAGAGGCGCAGUACGCUAUUGCCACGCUUAACGGUGUGACCGACACUGAUAGCAGUUUCACGCGCAAUACCCUCUACUAUGUAAAUUACAUACUGAGGCGGCGACAAGAACAGCAGCGACAGCAGAAGGAAAGUAGCGAAAGAGUUACAGGCCUGACGAGCAAUACGGAAUCAUUUAAGUACACUGAAACGGAUAAAAAACUCGAUCCUCCUGAAAAGAUGAAUGCAGUCGAUUUAGCAGAUGAAAAGGAAACAUUUCCAUGGCCUUUGCCUGCGCUGAAUGAACUGCCAAAAAUUCCUGACGUUUUCGUCGACGUGCUAGGUAUUGUUUGUAAUCUGCGUUUACAGCGUGGUGGUAUGGUACAAAAUUCAGAACAGUAUGAAUUGAUACAUCGAACCAUAUGUCUAUAUCUCAAGCGUACGUUUGCGUUGAAGCGUUUUUAAGGAGGUAUUGAUCACAAAAAGUUCACACAGCUUAAAAGUUACCAAAUUCUUCGUAGCACUUCAAACAGUUAUAAAAGGCAAAUUGCCCAAAAUGUGUCGAAUAACAUGAAAUAUAUGUAAACUUCGAAGAGCAUUGCAACUGACAAACAUUUAAGCAAACAACGAUUCUUUUAUUAUUUAGGAUGUUAUUUGCAGCAAAUCGCUUUCAGUGUUUACGUUAAAAAUAUUAAUGGGCUAGUCUAAUUUUAAUUUAAAUGUUUUAAUUUAAACGAAAGAAAUAAGUGGUAGUUAUUUUUUUUUUUUAAUUUGGACUUGAUUGGGUUUAAAGUGUUGGUAACUACAUUUUUUUUUUUUUUGUGUUGAUAAUUAAGAGACUACUUAUAUAAAGUAAAUCAACGAAUAUAUCAAAAUCACUUUUUGUUGAAACAUAACAUAUAAAUCUAUGUUAGCGCGAGUUAUAACAUUCGAAUUAUAAUUAAUUUAUUUUUCACAAACUGGUUUUUAGUUUUUAGUUUUAAUCAAUUCGCAAUUCUGAACUUAUUUCAAGCUUUUAGUAUUUAUGUAUUGUAAUUUUAUAAAUAAUUAAUUAUUUGGGCAGCAUAUUACUUUUAAAAUUAAAUAGUGGCCCGAGCGUAGGCAAAAAAACACCAUAA